UUUCGGCCGCAAAACAAACCAUCAGCUGAUUCCCCUUCAACAUAAUAAACCCAUAAAACGUAAAGAUGUGAAAAAAAAGAAGAAGAAAAGAAAAAGAAGAAAAAGGGGAAGAAAAAAGGCAAUAAUAAUUAAGUUUUAAUGGACUUUGUGAUGUAUAAGAGGAUGUAGUGUGUUAGGAAAUAAGAUCCUUGCCUACAACCCCCUAACCGUUGGUGCUGAUGCUGGUUCAAUGGGCAGUCGACAUCAGAUCCACUGACUUGUGGAGACAAAGUUACCGAACCUAUUGUAAGGUUCUCCGUUCUCGCUUCUGCUCGUGGCUCUUACAGUCAUAGGAUGCUACGGGAAGACUUCAGUGAUUUGCCCAGACUGAGACAUUGGGAUUUCAAGACGAACAAUGUCAACCUUGGGACAAUCAAGAGUCUGGACAGUGUCCGCCUGGGCCAGCUGUCAAGUUUUCGGUACAGGUCCCAGCUCAAUACUUGCCUUGCUGCCAGUCACAUUUUGUCGGACGUGACGCUUACUCAGGCAGAACAGAUUGGCACAACCUUUGUAACACAUGCUGACUUGGAGUGCGUAGACUCGCAGUAUUUACUCUGUGGUCUGAGCGAUGGGGGCGUUGCAAUCUACGACACAUUGUCCAUUAAAGAAGGAAGGGUUUACGCUGAGGUUGGGUCAGUUAAAGGAGGCCAGAGAGGGAGCCACAAGUAUCAGGUUGACUGUGUCCAGUGGUACCCAGCAGAUACAGGACUCUUCACAACCUCCAGCAGAGACAAAAAAGUAAAGAUAUGGGACCCCAAUUGCAUGAAGCCGGUUGACCAGUUUCGCUUAGAAUGCCACGUCCUGCACCACCACAUGUCACCUGUUGCAACGAAACAUUCACUUCUCUCUGUUGGAGCUGAUACGGGUGAAGUGAUCCUCUGUGACAUGCGCAGUGGUUCAUCAGCCCACCGUCUGCUGGGGCACAUUGGGCCAGUGAAUGUGACUCAGUGGUCGCCCAGCAAUCAGCAUAUUUUAGCCUCAGGUGGAAGGGACCAAACCAUCAAACUGUGGGAUGUGCGUGCAGGGAGGGCCCACCUCAUGGACCUGGAUAUGGAGAACCGCACCGAGACCCCCAACAGGAAGAAGCGAGUCAAGAGGACUCCUGUGGCUCACAAGAACAGAAUCACCUCCCUUUGUUUCACCACUGACGGCCUGUGGUUGCUCUCCUUCAGCUAUGACAACGACUUGCGACUGUGGAAUUCAGCCAGCGGCGAGAACAUGAUGGUGGACUAUGGUGAGACCUACACAGAGCUCAAGCGACCUCUGCGCAUGUCCGUAACUACCAACACCUACCCCGACCUGGUGUUCAUCCCUUCCGAGAGCAAGAUCUUGGUGUAUGAGAUCUUCUCGGGGAAGAUGGUCAAUGUUCUGAGGGGGCAUUUCUCCACGGUGUUAGGGGCAGUGUACAACCCCUCCUCCAUGGACCUGUAUAGCUUCGGCACCGAUCGUAACUUCAUAACGUGGACUCCUAAGAGAUUACUGACAAGUGAUUUACCAGAAGAGGAGGAGGAAGAGGAAGAGGAGGAGGAGGAGGAGGAGGUGGCAGAGGAAGAAAUAGUGGAAGAGGUCCAGGUGGAGGAGAGAGGAAGAGAGAGAAGGAGAGUGAGAGGUGCGAGUGGAGGACCAAGAAGGAAGACUAGAGGCCAGGUGACUCAAGAUACCUGGAGCAGUGAUGAAGAUUAAACUAACUCUUAAGGUAGAAAAAUCAAAAUAUAUUUUUAUACGUGGUGCAUCUUAGGAAGUGGUAACAUUCACCAAAGUAUUAAAAAGAUAAAAAAAAAAAAAGUAGAAAAAUAUCCACAGGCACAAGAAUUUACACUUUCAUACCCCUGCAGUGGUCAGUGAUGUAGAAUAACACAAAUAGAUAUGCAGAACUUGUGAGAACAUAUGCAAUCUGCUCUUUACAAAUCUGAAAUCAGUUUAUUUUUCUCCCUUUCUUUUUUCCAGUUGAAGAGCAAAAUGAUUUUGUUUUUGGCUUCAGAACAUGUAAGGAAAACAUUUCAAAAUACAAGACAUUUCAGAUAUUUUGGAAAAGAUGUUUCAGAAACUGUGAAUUGUUGCAUUUGAUUAGGUGUAGGAAAACUUUGUAUAAAUGGAUUAGCUUUGUAUUGUUAAAAUCCUAUGAUUAAUGGAUGGAACAUUUGUGUUAAGGAAACUGUACUUUAUUAUAGCUAUAUUUAUUAUUGGAAGUAAAAUAUAGACCCUUAGAA